AACGGUAGGCAAGAUGAUUUAUAAACAAAAAACAUUUAAAAUACUUAUUACAAAUCACAACUAAAUAAAAUCAUUGUAAUAAAUGAGGCGUAGGGAAGUUUACCAAUCUUGUAUAAAAUUGUAUUUCUCCUUAACGUGUAAAAUAUAUCAAAAGUGAAAUGGCUUCUACUAAUAUUCGGGAUCAACUCGAACAUCAACGACAACGUGUGGAACAGAGGAUGAAGCAAAAGCGCCAAAGUCUUGGAUUGGUUCAAGCUAACGACUUGAGAGUUGGUUCUGCAAAGCGUCCUAUCUCUGGUAGUCGUUCUAGAGAACUCCACGGCUAUGAUGGUCCGAUGCAAUUUCUUAUGUCACCAGUAAAUCCUGACCAAGUUAUACCUCUUCAGACAAAUAGAAUUUCCACUUAUGAUGAACUGGGCAAUCAAAUUGAAGUCUUAACAGUGGGUGAUGACACAGGAGAUGGAAGUGGUGAAGAGGGAGAAAGUGUGCCAGUUUGUAGUGUUGGACGGGAUGCUAGUGCAGAUGAUCUGUGUGCUGAUGUGGCUGUUGCACCUAUGCUGCCGCGGCCCCAACGAGAUGGUUCACCAAGUGAAAAUGCAGAAAUAGAAGGCUCUGUAGAGGGUGCUGUUGAGACUUUUGUUAUAACUCCAGCUAAGCAUGGAACAUUGUACAAGUGUAGAAUAGCAAGGGACAGGAAGGGCAUGGAUAGAGGCUUAUAUCCUACUUAUUUCCUGCAUUUAGAAAAGGACUAUGGCAAGAAAGUAUUUUUAUUAGCAGGUCGGAAACGUAAGAAGUCAACAACAUCCAAUUACCUGAUAUCUACAGAUCCCACAGAGUUAACACGUCAAGCCGAUAGUUAUGCUGGCAAAUUAAGGUCCAAUUUACUUGGUACAGCAUUCACUGUGUAUGAUGAUGGCAAGGCUUGGAGGAAGAACUCUAGGGAUCCUCCACGUCAUGAGUUGGCUGCAGUUGUAUAUGAUACAAACGUCUUGGGCUUCAAAGGACCGCGCAAAAUGACUGUAAUAUUACCAGGAAUGACCCCAGACAGGCAGCGGGUUACGAUCGCCCCACAGGAUGACUCAGAGACACUCCUAGAACGUUCUAGAAGCAAGAACUUUGAUGAUAUUGUGGUUCUACACAAUAAAACACCAGUUUGGAAUGAUGAAACACAGUCAUAUGUGCUUAAUUUUCACGGAAGGGUCACACAGGCAAGUGUAAAGAAUUUUCAGAUUGUACAUGACUCGGAACCAGAUUAUGUUGUGAUGCAGUUUGGUAGAAUAUCCGAGGAUGUGUUUACUAUGGACUUCAGAUACCCGCUGUGUGCUUUACAGGCUUUUGGUAUCGCCUUAAGUUCCUUUGAUAGUAAACUGGCCUGUGAAUAAUUUAUAACCUGAGAUUUUCAUUUUUAAGGGUAAAUAUUUUCCUCAUGUGACUGUUGAAUAAGUGUUUCAAUAUAGAUGAAUUUGUUAAUGUAACCCACUCAAUACAAACCCGAGAGUAGGGAUUUAGAAAUAAUUGCUUUUUUAUUUACAAGUUCUUUUUGGAACACUACUUGACAGUCAAUUUGAAUAAUAUUUAAGUUGAUUAAUUGUUGGAAUAAUUUGAUUGGGACAUUUUAUAACACCUUUUGCAGCACGGAAAUAACAUAAGAAUUUUUAAUUAUUACAUAACUCUAGUCACAAUAUCACUACUAUAGAAUUAUAUAUAUUGGAAAAUGUCCCAAUUAAAAGCGGUGUCCUAUUUUAAACACAGCUUGGAUAGUUCUCCCAUCAAGAUAUUAUCUUGGAAUUUACUAUUUAUACAUUCCUUUGUGACUGUUAAUAAUGUACUGUAUUGUAAAUUAUUUAUAAUUAACAAAUUUGAUCACAAUCAUGAUUUAGCAUUUACUUAACUUUACGCACACUCCAUUUAUUGGUGCUUUUGAUUAUAGUUAUUUAUUUAAUCCAACGAAUCAAUUAUGAAAUUAAAACCAUGUUUUAGAAAGAUUUCAUCUUAAUAGUUUAGUAGACUUGAGGAAUUGAAAAAAUCUUAAGAUUUUAUAAUGAAUAAAAAUGUGACCAAUUUUCAUGGAAUUUUGUUAGAUAGAUAUCACAAUUAUUCAUUGUAGUCAAUAAAACUGCAUUUACAAUUUAUCAACAAGUGAAUUUGGAUAAAUUGGUUUAGAUUUCAUAAAAAGUUUUUAUCAAUUUCCAGAUUAUAAUAUACUUUACUUCGAUAACACAGGGUUAUGUUAGGGGUAUAUAUAUAUUUUAUAGGUAGGUAUAUAUUUUAUUCAUACUAAACUAAAUCAAUCUAAUACAAAUUUUAACUAAAAUACACAAGUGUCUCACCAUCAUGGGUUCAUUCUAUGAUAAAGAGACAGAGUGUAUAAGUAAAAACGGUAAACGGACUGAUUUAGUUUUUUAUUAAGGAAGUAAAUUUAUAUUAGUUGCUUACGUAAACUUACCCCAUUGCUGGUAUAUUUGAUUUACCAAAUUUAAUAUUAAUAGCGAAUUUAGCUGUUUUAAAGUUGAAAAUUAAAUAAUCACAAUUAAUGUAAAUUUAUCCUAAACAAUUAAGAUAGGAAUGUUGCAUUUAAAUGAAGUAUGUACAAUUUAACUGAGCUAGUCAAUGUGAUUUAGGCUAUUAUUUAACUUAAGUACGCACAAAUUUUCCACCGGUUUUUGUAAUAUUUAUAGUAUAUUGUAACCAUAAAGUUUGCAAAUCUACAGAGCAAGCAGAAUAUUUGAGUAAAGGGGCCUCUCUACAUAGGCUACACUUUUAAUUAAAUAUGUGGCUACAUCAUUUCCAACCAUAUACCGAAAAUAUAAAAAAAACAUUUUAAUGCAGCACAUGGCAACAGUAUGUGGCUCAUUUUGUCAUUACACGGUCUACAUACAUGGCUUGGCUAGUACUUAUAACCAAAAUAAACAAAAACUAACACAAACGCUACUCGAACGAAUGGUGGCAAACUUCACGUAGCAUUAAAAAGAGACGCACUUAGGCCGUAAAGCGAGACAGAAAUAAUAUGGCUGAGCAUUAUUGCCGUAUUUUCGAUUGCAAAUAUAUCCCAAUAAUAGGCAAUAUAUCCCGGCCGUACUAAAAAUAUUGCCGAGUAUCGCAUAGUCUAGCCGUAAAUACUGGCUGAUGCUACCAGCCACACUCUUGUAGCUAUACAAUUUCGUAAAAACAUGGCCCGCCUAGUCCUUAAAGCCAUUGUCAAAAGUAUUUGUAUUUAAAACAAUUUUUGAAUGUAAGCAAAUGCCACUUAUGAUUCUAAUUUACUAUUGAUUUUUAUUGCCAUUUGUUUUAAGUUUAAAAGUAGGAUAAAAAUCUAUGAGUGGUCUAUCUAGACUUAUUAAAAAUGCUUUUUUAUGUAUAACGGAUACCGUCUGAAAAGCUGUUUUAACUAAAAUAAUCAUUUAUCUCUAAGUUGUGAUGAAAAGAGACGGUUUUAUGUUCGAUUGAUAUACGUAAUUAUUGUGUUUAACAUACAUACAAAAUUUGAGUACAAUUUAUUAUUAUUUAUUGCUGUUGAGUAAGGUUUUUUAAUUCUUAAAUCAAUUUCAGUAGGUAUACCUAAGAGAUCGUUCAAGUAUUAGGUACGUCACACAAUUUUCUUGUAACGCGCCGACGUUUUUCUGUCUCCAAUAGUGAAAAGUUUUUGUGACCAUCCAGUGACUCUUUAAACAUAAAAGUUUCCAUUAUGUAGUCUGGAAACCGGAGAGUCGAAAAUAAUAUUAACAAUAACGCAUAAUUCAAUUCCCGCCCCGGAUCGUAUUGUUUUACAAAAGUAACUCCCUCCCUACCAGAAUUAGUUAAAUAAUACUUGAACGCUUUCUAAAUGUAUUGAAAUAAUGUAAACUAUAGUACCUAAUUUAGUCGAAGGCACUGAACCAUCAAUAAGGAUAUAACUUAUUUUUACCAUUACAGUAUUAGCAAUAAGUAAGUUUAAGUUUUAUCACCACUUUUGUCGUGGUUCUUUUAGCCUAAAAUUACACAUUACAAUCACACAUAAUUUGAAAAUCACAAUAUAGUUACUAGCAUAAUGUAUUUUAAAUAUUGAACUUGUCUUACAUACAUACUUUAAUUUAAAUAAACUAAUAAUAUGAAAUACAUUUUUAAAUCAUGUGUAAUAUAAUUAAAAUAACGAUUAAAGCAUGAAACGAGCUUCUAGAUUAAUAUUUUAUAUAAAGUGCACGUGUUUUAAUCUCGAAUUUAUAGAUCUUUUGUAAAACAGAGAGCUUUCACAAAUUUUAAUAUGAAGUAACGCAUUUGUUUUAAACAUGUUCAAGAGAUUAGAGAAUACUGGUAAUUGAUUGAAUCGUAAUUUUAUUUGUGUUCGGAGUAAUCUUAAACUUUCAACCCCAGUUCAAAUAGACCAUCAGAAAUAAAAUUACCAAAAAACUUAAUAAUUAGGCUCCAUAGAAAAUAAACCUAUCUGGAAAUUCUUCAAUACAGCUUUGUUGGUUAUCAUUUUUUUAUCAACUACUAUAUAUUUGUGCAUAUUAGGAUAUGUGUAUGCUUAUAACAGCCUUUCAAUGUUUGUUAUGUUGUUCAAGCAUUUGUAAGUAACUUUCAUUAUUGAUGAUUAAAAUUUUAAUUUUUUCGUAUUUUACUAGGUUUCAUAUGUUACACAUGACAUUGAUUUAGAAAUUCAUGGCUUCAUUUCCCGAUCAAUGGGCAGAUUAUUAUUAAAUUUGUAAUUUUCAUCACCAUUGGUUGUUAGAUCUCAACUGUCCAAUACAUUCAUAUAUAUAAUAUUGAAACAGUGAAAUUUCACGCUUUCAGGGAGCAAUUCCCUAGUAUGAGUUAUGCCUAGUGACCCUUCGUGAAGCUUGAACCUUAAAAGUUUUGUUUCAUAUAUACAACUGAUUUGGACCUAUAUUCUUUACCAGCCAUGACUAUAAUAAACAUUGAGAGAGCUUAGUAUGUGUCUGUGUAAUAGAUGUGUUUAUUGUGAUUUGUGACCUACAAAGUAUUUGUGUAUUGUGCCUUUAAGUAGGAUAAAUGUUUGUGCCUUUUAUUUUCAUAUCCACUGUGUAUUUUGUACCUGAAUCUUUUAAAUCAUCUGUAAACCAAAAAUAGGAAAACUUUGAAUAUGAUGAAUAAAAUAAUCAGUGUAUCAUAAGAUUAUAAGUGCAAAUUGGCAAUUUCUUCACGACUUGCAUGCAUAAAUAAAAUCUUUUAUAUUUCCAAACAUUCCAUAUUUAUCUUAGAUGUCAAUGUAAUUAUGAGAAAAGAUUUAAAGUUUUCUUAUUGACACUAUAGUCAUCUUAGUAUUGUAUGUGGUAGCUAAAAUAUUUAAGUUUUAGUAAGAAUUUAUUGUCGUUGAGAUUUCAAAUCAUGGAUUUGAACCACAAUUUAGAACAAGAUGUUAUAACUGGGGCCUGAUGAAUACAGCUGUUGAUCAACCCAAUUAUAGCCUCCUUUUGUUUCUUAUGUUCACUGCAUAUAACUUAUCAAAUUAAUUGUAUAAAUUGUGUUUAAAUACUGCUUCGACAUAAACUGUACUUUUUUUAUGUCUGUCUGAUGAAUUCUGUUAUAAAUCAUG